AGCGGAGUUGCGGCGGCCGCGAGGUUCCCGGCAGUGCGGCCCCGGCGCGGAGCUGGGAGCCUCGGCCAGCGCCCGGCGCCCGCGCCCGCGCCCCCGACCCGCAGCCAUGGUGCCCGGGGCGCCCGGCGCGGCCCUGACCCUCUGCCUCUGGCUGGCGGCCUCCGGGGGCUGCCUGGCUGGCGGCCCCGGCGCCGCGGCCGCUCGGCGGCUGGACGAGUCCCUGUCGGCCGUGAGCGUCCAGCGCGCCCGCUGCUCCUCCAGGUGCCUCAGCUUGCAGAUCACGCGCCUCUCCGCCUUCUUCCAGCAUUUCCAGAACAAUGGUUCCUUGAUUUGGUGCCAGAAUCACAAGCAAUGUUCUAAGUGCCUGGAGCCCUGCAAGGAGUCCUGGGACCCAAGGAAGCAGCAGUGCCAGAGCGUCUGUGAGCCUCUGUUCCCCAAGAAGAACUACGAAUGCUUGACUAGCUGUGAGUUCCUCAAGUACAUCCUGUCGGUGAAGCAGGGGGACUGCCCGGCUCCUGAGAAAGCCAGCGGAUUUGCCGCUGCCUGCGUAGAAGGUUGUGAAGCUGACAAUGAGUGCUCUGGGGUGAAGAAAUGUUGUUCGAACGGAUGUGGACACACCUGCCAGGUGCCCAAGACGCUGUACAAAGGGGUCCCCCUGAAGCCCAGAAAAGAGUUACGGUUUACAGAACUGCAGUCUGGACAGCUGGAGAUUAAGUGGUCCUCGAAAUUCAAUAUUUCCAUCGAGCCCGUGAUCUACGUGGUACAAAGAAGAUGGAAUUAUGGAAUCCAUCCUAGCGAAGACGAUGCCACCCAGUGGCAGACGGUAGCCCAGACCACAGAUGAGCGGGUCCAGCUGACUGACGUACGACCCAGCAGGUGGUACCAAUUCCGAGUGGCGGCUGUCAACGUGCACGGGACCCGAGGCUUCACGGCCCCCAGCAAACACUUCCGCUCCUCCAAAGAUCCAUCUGCACCGCCCGCGCCGGCCAACCUCCGGCUUGCAAAUUCCACCGUAAACAGUGACAACACCGUGACCGUGGCUGUGGUUUGGGAUCUCCCCGAGGAACCCGACAUCCCCGUGCACCACUACAAGGUGUUUUGGAGCUGGACGGUCAGCAGCAAAUCCCUUGUCCCCACAAAAAAGAAGCGGAGGAAGACCACGGAUGGGUCCCAGAAUUCCGUGCUCCUGGACAGACUCCAGCCGGACUACGGCUACACCGUGGAGCUGCAGGCCAUCGCAUACUGGGGGCAGACGCGCCUGAAGGGGGCCAAGGCCUCCCUGCACUUCACGCCCGUGCACGCCACUAGCCGCAAAGAGCAACUUGGGAAAACCAGAAAGAGCACGAUGCACAUGCAUCCCCCUUUCCAACGACGACGGCCUGCGCGCCUCCUGGAAAUCGGAGCCCCCUUCUAUCAAGACAACCAACUGCAGGUGAAGGUCUACUGGAAAAAGACCGAAGAUCCCAGCAUCAGCCGAUACCAUGUGUGGUGGCUCCCGGAGGUCUGUGCUCACAACAGAAGCAGCAGCGUGGAGACCUUGUCCGGCAUCACCCAGGACAAUUACAUAAUUCUUCAAGAUCUGUCGUUUUCCUGCAAAUACAAGGUGACCGUCCAGCCGGCCCGGCCCGCGGGCCGCUUGAAGGCAGAGACCGUUUUCUUUACGACGCCUCCGUGCUCAGCCCUGAAGGGGAAAAGCUACAAGCACGUUCGCUGCCCGGGCGAGGCAGGUCACGUGCCGGCCAAAGUACUCGCCAAGCCCGAGAACCUCUCUGCCUCGUUCGUCGUCCAAGAUGUGAACAUCACGGCCCACUUCUCCUGGAAGAUGGCCAAGGCCAACCUCUACCAGCCCAUGACGGGCUUUCAAGUGACCUGGGCUGAGGUCACGACCGAGAGCAGACAGAACAGCUUACCCAACAGCAUCAUCUCUCGCUCCCAGAUUCUGCCUUCGGACCAUUACGUCCUCACGGUGCCCAACCUGAGGCCGUCCACGCUGUACCGACUGGAAGUGCAGGUGCUGACCACGGGAGGCGAAGGGCCGGCCACCAUCAAAACCUUCUGGACGCCUGACCUCACGCUGCCCUCAGCGGACAGACCCCAUCUUAAACCUCGGCAUCCUCAUCGUUACAAGCCUUCUCCAGAAAGAUACUAAACAGCUCAAUGUGUGAGAAUCGAAGAACGAACAAGCUGGUUGAGCUUCACGGUGCAGACAUGCUGCUACGAAGCCAGCAGGUGCCCUGCGUGACCUCCCUCUCCCAUGUAACCUUGUGCUCUGGGUCCCUCUGCCCAUCUCAACGCAGCUGGAAAGGAGUGACUCACAGCCGGUGGGGUUGGACACCCACUUGCCAGAAUGGAGGCCCAUCGAACCUGAAAUCGGAAUAUCCACGAAUGAGCCUCUACUGAAUAAUUGCACAGAUGAGAUCUCCCUGGAUUCGGAGCAGCAAAUUCUCAGAACAAAUCAAUGUAACAAACACACAGUGCAUACACAUACUAAGCAUAACGUAUAUCAAUAAAACAUUUUUAAAUUAAAUAAUUGCUUUGAUUUGCAAAAUCAAAUAAGGUGAUGCAGUUUGUAAGCCCUAUGUAUUCAAAUCUUUCGUAAGAUGAUUUAUAUAAUGUGUGAUUUAUUCUUAACCUCAAAUACAUAGCAAUUAAGUUCCCUCUACGAUUGUCCACACCUGCAGCCCCUGAGCCCCAUUCACACGAAGGCGAAUGAGCAUCUCGUGUGUGAGCUAUGCUUUACGAAAGGCGCCCAAAGCAGGGAGCAUUCAGCGAAUCCGCUGCUAUCCACAGUCUGCCUCGGAGAAAUGAAAAUGCUUUUCUGGGGAUACGUUUUCAUGCUUCAUCCUGUAAAAUGAGAGACCUCUCCGAUACGUUUUCUUAUUUAUAUUUUCCUUUUUCCCUCCAUGCAGAAAAGAGCUGCUGGUACACUUUGUUUUACCACUUCAUGUAUCUCAAAAUUUACAGAGCCUUUUGCUUGAAGUGAGAAUCCCAACUGUUGAAUAUUUUCCAAUCUCUACUAAGAUUUGCCUUUUCUUAAUCAAAGUAAGCUAUCUGAAUGCUAGAAUAUUCUCGGUAACGUAGGACAAGAGGCUUUGAUUGAUAGAGGACAGCUAUUUGCUUGCCUUUAUUCUUUCAAACCUAUUCUGUGCGACUGCUUGGCUCCAAACGACCCUUCCUAGCAUCAUCAGUCCGUGGUGCUGCCAAGCACUGGGGCAGCCUUCCACCCAGAAACAUUCGGUUUCAACCAAGUUUUUCUUGAGGGAAUAGCCACAGAUGUGGUUUGGAAUAGGCAUCUGUGUAUGUCUAUGUACGUGUGUGUGUGCGCGCGCGCGCACACACACACACCUUGAGUGUGACUCACAGCGGAAAUUCUCUUCACGGCUCACCAAUGGUGCAGAAAGAUCCGGUUCUUGUAAAGGGAAGGGUCAUGUAUUUUUCCCGUCGGUGUUUAUUCUGUGAGGAAAGAGCAAUUUAUCAGCAUUUCAACAUCUUAAAGGAACGGCUUCCUCCACUCAUUGCGCAGCUAACUCAAUCGGGGAAACGUCUGGGACCAUUUUCUUGGGUUACGAUGGUAGCACCGGGUACCUGCCGUGUUGUGGGUUUCUGGAAGCGCGCAGAUGCAGACGUGCAAACAUGCUACAAACGUGCUACAAAAUGGAGACAGAGUAUUUUUAUUAUCAGAUGGGUGCGUAUCUUUAGGAAACGCGGUCUGUACCCAUGGAUACGUGGAAACAGAGAGUAAAAACUGUCUCCUGGGUAGCAAAGAGUUACAGUGAUGAUGCGGGCAAUGUUUUGUAGCUUCGUACAAGUGACCCUCGUGGGAAAGACCAGCGUGAAGGUGCAUGGGCUUCCAAAUGCUUGUCCGCGGCUCCUGACGCGGUCCGGACGGACUCAGCCCCAUGAGGUCCAAAGUCCCCUGGUUUCUCACGGAGAGAACCAGAAGCACCCCUCGUUUCCAACCACCCCAAGCUUGACCCAACACCACAGGUAUCUCCGCGGAAACUAGGAUUUACGCCAGUGCCAUGGGCUGCAUCUGAAUGUCAAGUUCUCAAAUUUUCACAAAUGAAGACGUCUAAUAUUGGCUACAAGUUUAUCUUUACCCUGAAUUUGUCACGAACAAAUCCAGUAUUUGUGCCAGCAAAUUUCUGUACUGUUGUAUAGUUCAAAAUGCAGGAGUAUACACACAUAGAUACGAAAUAUUAUUAAAUUAUUAUGUAAGUUUGAUUUUAUAAGGUUUAGUUAUGUGUCUUUUGUCUGGACAAUAGACAAUGAGCAAAUACAUUUUUAGUUUGGAUGAAGGUUCUGAAGCUUACACCUUCCUUACAAAAUCGAAAGCUGCUCCUGUGAGCAUCUCAUUCUGCAAUAACAAAACCUAAAUUUUAUUCACACAGUUGGAAGAAAAAUGCUGUUAAUUAGAUGAUUAAGGAAACAGGGGUUUCUUUUAUGAACUUCAAUGACCUUCAAUAAUAUGCGAAUCGGCCAGGAUAUAAUUACUUUCUUUUUUUAAUUUAAAAAAUUUGACUGCCCUAAUAAAGGGAUACAAUCUAUGGGUUUUUUUUCUUUAAACAUUGUUUUAGUGGCUAAGUCUCUGUCUUAUUAAAAUUAAAUGCGUCUCUCUCAUAGGAGACACAUUGUCUCUCCUAGGAGAAAAUAUAUAUUCAGUGAUAUUUACUUUUACCGAUGGAGCCCAAAGUUCAAGUGUAAAGGUAUGUCUGCAUGCUAGGAACCUGAACGAACCUAUAAGUAAUCACACAGAGCGGGCUUUGUCCACGUCUGUGUGGCUGGCAGGGGGGCCCCAGCCGCGCACCAUAGGGGGCCCAGCGGCAGCUCUGGCCUCACCCACCACAUGCCAGUGCCCCCAAGUUGUGACAGCCCACAGUUCUCCACACAUUGCCCACUCGCACCUGGGGGAGUAAGCCUCCCCUGGUUGAGAAUCCGUGCACCGGAGAGGGAGUGAUCUUUACUAAACACGGGAGAAUCUGCCUCGUAUGAGGGACCCAGGAAACUGUAGGAGCCGAGCAAGAGCCGGGAACUUGGACUGCAAAGCCCUGAAUUGUGUCUUUCAUUGUGUCACUCAAACACCUGAUGGGAAGACUGAAUUCUGACGUGUCUCUAUCAUCUGAGUACAGAUAUUUUCUCCUUCGUAUCGGUCAGCGUCACGUGUGAUAAUGACUUAUUUAUUUAAUGCCCUUUCUUAUGCCUUGGGCCAUGGAUUUACUAAUUACGUUCACUCUUUCCCAUGAUUGCAAAUAGCUCUCAAUCUUGUUACACAAACCCUCACAUUGUAACCAGCACACAAAGGCUGAAUAUCUGUUGCAUGUUCUUAUAAUUCAUUUAAAAUAAUAAAUGCAUAAAGAUGGUGACUCUUACCUAUGGUUGUGCAUGGCCAGACUCCGUUUCUUGCCUCUACGGAGUAUUUUAGCAAGUUACACAAUUUACAGAGUGAUUAACAGAGGUCUGUAUGUAAAGUAAUUAUUAUUUCUUUCCUUAAUUAUACUGUAGUACGCAGAUAACAGAACAGCUACCUUCUCAUCCCAAUGGCCUAUAGAAAUCACAUCUCUUCUACUGGUCAUUUCAAGUCAAUAUUUAUUUAUGUAUGUAAUAAAAAAAAGUGAUUUUUGUGUGUGUCUGUCAUGUUAGAAGUAAUCUUGUAAAAAAAUUUUGUAAAAACAAAGUAUUGUAAAUAGUCUGAUAUUCUGUGACUCAUUAUUUUCAUGUUAGAGUUUGUACAUACUGAUUCAGUAAUAAAGCAUCCUUAAACC